AUGAUGAUACAUCAGGAUGACAUUGCAGUUCUGGAUGACGGCCCCAGCGUCGCAGAAAUGCGCAAAGACAGCGAGAAUCUUCAAGCUGGCAACAUAUUGUACAUGAAAGAUUCCGAAAUCCCCAUUGAAGAGUUUAUAUAUUUCGCCAAACUUUCUCGCGCUCGGGAGUUGAGCAGCACUUCACAACCUGGGCAUAUCACAGCAUCUACUAAUGCUACCAGUUCUGGUGGAGAUGCCUUUGGCAGGUCUGUAAAAGAAUCCCGGGGAGCCAUGGCUCCCCUCAAUUGCGGAGAGGUGGAGCAUUUAUCGCGGGUCGAAUCAAAGAAGAAAUCUACACCCGAAGCAUUUGCACCACUAGAUAUUUCUGAGGGCGAAUGGACCCAGGCUUCUAGGGCGGCCAGAACUGCUACAUGGGUAUCCAUCUUCUACUUGAUUACAACUGAUGUGCUGGGACCUUUUUCGACUGGCUACGCCUUCUCCCAAAUGGGCCUUGCUCCAGGCGUUGUCCUGUACACUGUCUUUGGUGCUUUAGCCGGAUACAGCGGAUUUUUGCUGUGGCGCUUAUUUCUCCAACUUGACAGCGACGAACACCCCCUAAGAGGGUACAGCGACCUGGCUUUGCGUAUAUACGGACCGUGGUUUCAGCAUGUGUGCAAUAUUUUGCAGUCAUUUCAGUUCUUUCUCACCGUCAUGGUUAUCAUGAUCACAAAUGGCCAGUCCAUAAGACAGAUCCGAACUCUCAAAAACUUGGGCUGGGUAGGGUCCGUGAGUGUGUUUCUGAACUUGUUUGUGAUCUUCGCAACAAUGGGCGUCAUGGCUCAUAGUCCGCCAAACUACAUUCUCUAUGCUACAACUCACCCCGAAUUCAAUAUUCAAGCUCCCGAUCCCGUUUCGGUUUCCAUUACUGCACCACCAGGACUCACAUUAGUGGAUAAUGUGAACGGCUUGAUGAAUGCCGUAUUCUCGUUUGGUGGUGCGACCAUGUUUGUCGAGUUAAUGGCUGAAAUGCGACGACCGAUGGACUUUUGGAAAGGUCUCCUAUGUGCUGAUCUUCUCAUCUUCUUAUGUUACAUGGUGUAUGGUAUUUACUGCUACGUGAUGCAGGGACAGUACGCAUACAUCAAUUCCUAUCAGGGAAUUUCUCCAUACAAUUGGCAAACCGUCUGCAACGCAAUUGAACUAUUGACCAACGUCAUCGCCGCAGUUCUAUAUGCCAACAUUGGUAUGAAAGUCUUAUACAACAGUGUUGGCCGCCACUUCUUUAGGAUCCCUGAUCUGAACAGUGCAUCCGGAAAGUGGAUCUGGGCCUUUUUUGUUCCUGUCUACUGGAUGCUUGCCUGGGUUGUCGCAUUGUCUGUACCACAAAUAACAUCUUGGACGGUUCUCGUUGGAGCUGGAGCGCUUCUGCAAUUCACAUAUACCUUUCCUGUUUUCUUGGCACUUGGGUUCAGAGCUCAAAGGGACUCAGCUUUGCCGGAAGAGGUUUAUGAUCCUCUACAUCGCCGAGUGGAGCGGGUAGAUCACGGCCUUAAGCGCUGGGUUCGGGGAUUGAAAAAGGAACUGUGGUGGAACAUAUUUGAUGGAGUGAUCUAUGUGGGCUCCCUGGUGACCUGCGUCCUAGGGCUCUAUGCAGGCUUCAAGACUCUAGUCGAAGGGUACAUCGAUUCGCCGAGUUUGGUAGGCUGGCAAUGUUCGAGCCCAACGGGCUGA